UAGACACGGAAGCCCGUUAAGCGAAAGCUUCUUCUACUCCGUCCACAAACAUUUGAACCAUUUGAAGCUUUUCAAGGUCGUUGUGACGGCAAGGCGGACGGAUAUGGAAGUGUCCCCACUCUCAGUUUCGAUUAUCAGUUAUUAGAAACUAAAUAUUCUCAUAUACUCCGCUACAUUUUUGGUCGGGUUGUAUUCUCACGGAACUGAACUUUAAAACUGAAAUGUAUGUGUUAUUAGGUCGAUCAACUUCCCUUAUUUCAAAAACCAUCCUAUUGAGUAGAACUUUCAGCACAAGUUGUAAACUGACCUCCAAUGUCUACUAUACCCAAAAACACGAGUGGAUCAAAGUUAGUGGUGACGUUGGGACUGUAGGAAUUUCUAAAUAUGCUGAACAGAAACUGGGUGAUAUAGUGUACGUUGAAUUACCUGCUGUUGGAGACAAGGUCAAUGCUAAUGAUCAAUGUGCCGUCGUCGAAUCAGUCAAGGCUGUUAGCGAAGUAUACUCUCCAGUGUCAGGUACCAUAAUUGAAGUCAAUUCAGAUGUUGAAAAAAAUACAAAAAUAAUCAAUCAGUCCCCUUCAGACGAAGGGUGGCUUUUCAAGCUUCGACUUUCAGACUUAUCACAAGUGAAGAACCUUUUAUCUGAAGAAAAUUAUGACAAAUUUUUGACCUCCGAAUCUUGAUAUUGUAACCUAUUCUUCAGUUUGUUUUUUUAGGCAUUACAAAUCCCCAACGUUCCUAUUUUGAAUAAUAAAACAUUAUUUAGCGUAUGAUCAGGUUACUAAAUUUUUCUAGACUUCACCUCAGCACAUUUUAAUCUCAGUUUUAUAUAUUUUUACUUAUAA